GUGCCCGCGAGCAGUGAUAUGGCGGCGUCCUCGAGACUCGUGUCGAAAUUGGCGGUUGUUACCGGAGGGGGCAGUGGCAUUGGCCGUGCAGUGUGCCAAAGGUUUGCCUCCGAGGGUGCGUCGGUGGUGGUUGCUGACAUCGAUGAGGGAUCAGCCAGUCGGACCGUGGCUGCCCUGCCACGUGGCCACAGAGCUCAGGAGCACAUGGCGGCAGCGGUGGAUGUGUCAUCAAGGCACAGCGUGGACAGGCUGCUGACCAGUAUUCAGCACCAGUACUUCCAGCCGCCCUCAUUGUGUGUGAGCGCAGCUGGUAUCACCCAGGACGAAUUCCUGUUGAAGAUGGACGAGGAGGACUUUGACAGGGUUAUCGAGGUCAACCUCAAGGGGACGUUUCUCGUGACUCAGGUCUUCUCCAGGGCCAUGGUUUCCUCUGGAUUCCCCAAGGGGUCCAUCAUCACUAUAGGCAGCAUUGUGGGCAAGAUGGGGAACAUUGGCCAAGUCAACUACUCUGCCUCCAAAGCUGGAGUUGUAGGGUUAACAAGAACUGCUGCAAAGGAGCUGAGCAAGUUUGGGAUUCGCUGUAACUGUGUGCUGCCUGGAUUCAUAGCAACACCAAUGACUGAUAAAAUACCUGAAAAAGUCCUCAGCAAGGUCCUCUCCUUGGUACCUAUGGGGAGGAUUGGAGAGCCUGCAGAGGUGGCCGACGUGUGUGCGUUUCUGGCAUCAGACGAAAGCCGGUACAUCACUGGGGUCAGCAUUGAAGUUACAGGUACGAAACGAACCCAGAACACCACAGACACACGGAACAUGCAGAUCCGGGUGCUGAAGUCGUACAUUACACAGUACACCCUGUGUUUACAUUCACUGAAUAGCGUUAAUUCAUAUACCUACUGGGUAUUUUUUCUGCUGAACAUGUCUGUACUAACAUGCAUGCAUCGAGUACAUGUAAUAAUAACCAGGACAGUUGCUAUAAAUGCACCUUACCAGGGCUAAAAUUGGAGCCUAAUGUAUAAAACUUUUCUUAAUAAAAAAAAAAAAUUAAUUCAGGUUUGUUUUAUUAU